AAAGGUAGUGGAAAUAGAUACAGUUGCAUAGACGGAAGUUUUGUUGUUGAAAAGGCAAUAGCUCUCGUACAUUAUUGUGUGUUCAGAGCCUUGCUGAUAAGGGAACAAGACACUGAAGGCCAGAGCAGUUUGUCAGACCAGUAAAGACAACAUGGGUCCUAUUAUGACGGCUGCUGCUAUUGGAACAGGAGCCAUAGGUGCUGUGGUUCUGGCUCCUGUUGUUCUGGGAGCAGCAGGUUUCACCUCAGCUGGAAUAGCAGCAGGUUCUAUUGGUGCGAAAAUGAUGUCGGCUGCUGCAGUUGCUAACGGAGGAGGAGUGGCAGCAGGAGGCCUGGUGGCUAGUUUGCAGGCAGCAGGCACAGCUGGUCUGUCGGGAGUUGCAACUGCAGCUGUGGCAGGCACCGGAGCAACAGUGGGAUGGAUAACAAGCUUCUUCCGCUGAAAAUCAUUAAGAAACAAAAUGCAUUCACAAUACUUUUACUUUAGCCACAUUAAGGAGGUUAUUGAAGAUAACAUCAGUGUACCUACUAAAUAGCACUUCUUUGAUUUCAGACAACUAAAAUGUUGAGUUCAAUAAAUCUGAGCAACCUGUGAAA